UGUCAUCUAUAUAUAAGAUUGAUAAAGAUCAAUUUAAAAUUGGUAUAAUCAAACAGGGUUGAGAAUUCUUUGGGUUUUAGGUUGAAGAAGGUGUGUGGUCGAUUUGGAUUGUAGCAAGAAUGGGGAAAGAAGGAGAUGUAUGGGACGAUUCCGCUCUCAUCAACGCUUUUGACGACGCUAUCUCUUCUUACAAGAAAAUGCACAUCAGCUCUACUGAAGAAGCAGAGGGGAUCGUCCAAGAAAACGUUGAAAUCUCAACUACUACAAGGAUUAAUAUUCCCACUACUGAUUCAAGUGAAACUAGUAAAGUUUCAAACUUGGAACAAAAUCACCAACCUUGUUUAGAUUCGACAAAUGCUCAAGAAGUUCAAAUUGCACAUAAUGGUUAUUCAUAUGAGCAAGCUUUUGAUGAUUAUAAUCAGUUAGUUGCUCAGUACUAUGAACUUGAGGAGAAAAGAUUCAAGAUUUGGGACCAAAUUAAUCAAUAUGGUACUUUGAAUUACCAAUAUGUACCCACUGUGUCUCAUUCUCAAGAUUAUUGGAUGCCUAUGCACCAAGUUUCCGAUCCGAAUGUUGUGUGUUCGUGUUGUCCGGAUUAUAGUCAAUGUGCUUUGGCUUCGUCCACGUUGCUUCCUGGCUGUUCUGUUGGUGGAACAUGUGCUGGUAAACCUUGUAAAGAUGGUAAAAUUCAGGAAAUGGCGAUGGGGGCAGCAGAGAGGGCACUUUCUGCUAUAAGAACAACUAUUUCUGGAGAUCUGAAUGUAAAUGAAGAGAAAGAGAGUAAGAAUCCUGAACCUGAACAAAUUGGUGACUCAGAAACGGAUCUUACAACUCUUAUGAAUGCUUGGUAUUCUGCUGGCUUCUUUACUGGGAAGUAUCUUGCUGAAAAAUCUAGUGGAAAUAAAAGACAGGUAUAAAUUCCUAGAUGCUAAAUCUGCAAGUGUAAUCAGAAGGGUUCCCCUCCUAUUCUGAAGAGUUAGGUAACUGAUCUACAUUUUUACAUCUUCGCAAAACCAAGAGAGUGUCGGUAUUCUUAUCUAAAUGGAAUCACAUAUGGCUAUGGCCCAUGAGACAACUGAAGAGGAUGAAAGCAAUGACAACUAUUGUGAAUUGACGUAGUUGAAGACGACUUUGACUGUAACUUCAUGAUUUUCUUUUGUUGAAGAGUAGCUUUAUGCUUUUGUGGAUGGUUAAUUGCCCAAUGUUGAUGAUAUAAGUGGAAUCCAUGUGAAAUUUUAUUAUAGCUAAGCACAUUGCUGUCAACAAUUUUUUUGAUGCAGACAGGGGUUUGUUUUAACUUGCUUUCA